CCAACGGUAACUAUCCAAGACGCAACAACAAGACACUUGUACGCAAACUGCUGUCGCCAAACUUAUCUCCGCUCCUCCCACGACAUCUCCCAUACCCUCCACAUCCACAAUGGCAGACCGAUUCCCCUCAUUAGACGAGAUUGACGCCGGCCAGACCGAAGCGCGCGGCGAUGCGGCAGACUUCGAUAUUGGCGGCGGCGACAACGAUGCCAGCAACUUCCUCGACCGUGAACGCGCGCUUCUUGGCGACGAUGCCGACCAGUUUGCUUCGGAAAACGACAGGGCAGCGACGGUCGAGGAUGGCGACGACGACCUGCUUGGGGGAGACUUCAGCCAGGCCAACGUCGGCGGCCAGGAGAUGAGCGGCUUCGAGAGCUCCUUCCCCGCCAUUGACACCACCAACGACCACAUGGCUCCCGGCGGCACCAUCACAGGAUCAGGCCUGCCCUUCCUCCCCGGCCAACCAGCCCCAUCCUUCACCCCACAGCGCUCAGACUCGCCCGAGCCCGACGUCAUUCGGGAAUGGCGCGAGCGCCGCGACCUCCAGAUUCAGCACCGCGACGAGGUCUCCCACGACCGCAAACAGAAAACCAUCCAGGAGGCGCAGCAGAACAUUGACGACUUCUACGAGAACUACAAUAACAAGAAGGACAAGGAGAUUGCCAAGACACGGAAAGAGGCUGAGGAGUUCCUUGCAAACCGCGACGACACCACUGCGGGCGGCACCAGCUGGGAGCGCAUCGCCAAGUUGGUCGAUCUGAGCGGAAAGGGUACCAAGGGCGGCGCGUCAGGCAGCGAGAAGGCCCGCUUCAGGGAACUACUGCUCAGCCUGAAGAAGGACGAGAAGGCACCGGGUGCGACUGGAUACUAGAUGGAACGAAGACAUGGGUAGAUGGCUAUCUUUUUUGGAGCUCAGGGCAAUGGUUUGGCAUACGAAUGAGCGUGUCUGCGGCCAUAAAACUUGGAGUUUACGGAUUAGGUUGCAGGGUACUUCAUGCAGCUGUGUUAAUACUUACUCUCUGAUUGUCUUCAAUUGCUUGUGGUUUUCAGUGUUCAGCACGAGGUCUAUCGAACAAGCGCUUGAUAUAUACU